AUGAAAAGAAUAUAAAUCCUUUUGCCUUCAAUUGCCAUGUAUACUCUAUAUAAUUAUUUCUAGAGUUAUAGGAAUUAUAACACUUAUGACUAGAAGAAAGUCUGAUGCAUUACAAAAAUUCCUAGGUUAUGCGGCCAUUUUACUAGGAUUAGGGUAAUUAUUUAAAAUAAAUGUUUUAGUAUAUUAAUGUAUAGCUCAAAAGCAAUUUUAUUAUCAAUGGUAUAAUGUUUCAUAAUCCAAAUAGUAUCAAAAAUUUAUUCAAGAUGAAGUUAACAUAUAAUUGCAGUAGCCAAAGAAGCUGAGCUAAAAGUAAUAAUAAAAAAAAAAAUCCUAAUACAAAAGUGACUAAUAGUAGAAAUAAUAGCACCAAUAAAAGCAAUAAAUGAGAUAAUCUGAAUAACAAUAAUAGUUUGAAUAAGAUUCUCCUCAAUCAUCAGAAGGGGAAGCCUAAGAGGAUGAGUAAAAAUUAAUUGAAUUAGAAAAAUAAGCAGAAUUAGAGAAGUAAAAAUUGCUACAAGCUGAAUAAAGUGUAAAAUAAACUCAUCAAAAAAAAUCAGAAGUAGAUAAAUAAAAAUAAACAACAUAAAAAGAAGAUACACAAAUUAAAAGACCACAAUAAUAAUCAAUACAAUAAAAGGCUCCAACCUAAAAAGAAAAGAUUGUAUUUAUUAUUUUAUAAUAAAGAAUCCUGAAAAUCAAUCUCUAUAAGAUAAAAAAUAGAAAUAAAAAUAAGAAAAAUAAAAAUUUAGAGUUGAGAUUGAGGAGGAUGAAAAUGAUGAAGAAUGGGUAGAAGUUGGAAAUAAAAAUAAACAUGCUCCUCAACAACAAUAAAAAAAUUAACAAGAGAAACAAUAAUUAUAAGGAAUUAAAUAAACAUAAGGUAAUUUUUUAUUUAAUCUUAGACUUAAAAUAAGAGGAUACUAAGUAGCAAGUGAUCAAAAAAAGUUAACCAUCAAAUCAGCCUUAAUAAUAGCUAUAAUAAUAAAGCAUACCUUAAAAUCCAUAAUAAAAAUAAUAACCAUAGUAACCUAUAACAAGCUCUUCCUAAAAGGUAGUGUAACAAAAAUAAUAACAAAUACCAAUCGUAUAAGGACAAUAAAAAACCCUUAAUUUAGUAUAAGAUCCAUCAUAGUAAAAACUGAAUGAGAAUGGUAAAAAUUAAAGUAAAUAACAAAAAAAGCAAUAAAAAAAAAUAGUUGAUGAUUAAAAUGAUGAGGAGGAAGGGUGGAUAUCUGUGGAACCGAAACAAAUUAAGAAUAAGUAAUUAGUAUAUUGUAUAUUUAAGAAACAAAGCAGAAGAUGCAACUUAAUAAUAAGCAGAAGAAGUUAAAUAUAUAAAAAAAGAAGGCUUACUUACCAAAGAAGAAAAAUAAUAAUUAAAAGAAGAAGCUAAAAAAAUUGAGGAAGCAUAUAAAUUGAGAAUUCAAUAAAUUGAUGAUAUUCAUAGAGCAAAAGUCAUCUCAAAACUUACAUAAUACGAAAUAAAAAAUGCUGAUUAAUUAAUCAAAACUUAAUACGUUGCAGCACCACCAAAAAUAGAAUAUAAAAUGCUAGAAAUUUAACCAAAGAAGUUGACAAGAGAGGAGAUUGAUCAAUUAAUCUAAUCAAAAAUGCCCUAAACUAGAUUAACAGGCUCUAAUGAAGUUUUUGUAGAAAAAUCAGAACCACUCCCACAAUAAAAUGCUAAAUAAACAGAAGUUAAGAAAGUUCAACUAAAAUCAAAAAUUAAUUUCCUUAAACCAAUCUAACAAGAAAAAACGGAAGAGAAAUUAUAUACUGACCUACCCAUUACAUUUGAAACAAACAAAGACAAUUCAAAACCUUUUUUCUCUACAUAGGUUAUUCUAACUGUUAAUACAAAUGGAAAAGAUCUUUUUGGAAGAGUCAAGAGAUAUAGAAGGCCAAUAUAAGAAAAAAAACAACCAGAGCAAAAAUAAAAAGAGAUUUAUCAGGCAAAAGAAAAUGAAUUGAAAUAAAAAUCAGAUGAUAAAUAGGUAACUGAGUAAUCAGUGUAAAAUCUAAAACAGGUGUAGUAAGUUUCAAAAAAUAUAGAAAAUUAAAGCUCAGAAAUAGCAAUUAUAUAAACUUCAAAGUAGCAAGAUUUGUAAGAUAAUGAAAAAAAAAAUACCAGUUCCAUAUUGUUAAAUAAAGCUCAAACAAAAGAUCAAAAGCAAGAAAGUUCUAAUACAAAAAAACCAUAAGUUAGAUUCGAAGAAAGACCAAUUUAUGAACCAAAAACACAACAACCAUAAGAAUAAGGUUUAUAGGAGUUCAGUCAUACCACUUCAAAUCAGAAAGCCUCUGAUUAAAAGUAAAAGUCAAAUUAAAAAUAAAAGCAACCUUAAAAAAAUUAAAAACCUUAAGAAAGAGAUUUAUAUGAAGUUAAGUAAGUUCAACAAGUUUAAAAAGUAGUUCAAAAAAAAGUAGCUCAUUAAUCUUCAAAUGAACUCUAUGUACCAAAAGUAUAAAAGAUAGAAGAAAAUUAAUAAAAAAAUUAAACUAAUUAAUUAAGUUAAGAUGAUUGUUAAAAACAAAGUAUUUAAAAUAAAAAUGAUGAUAAACAUAUUGACUAAGAAACUCUAUAAUUAUAGGAGUAAUAAGAGAUAAAUAUGUUAAAAGAGAUAGAUAUUUAGUGCGAAUUGAAUUUGUAAAGUGGAAACCAAGAUAUAUAAAUUGAACUGUAAUAAGGUAACCAAGAAUUAGUUUUUUAAAAUGAUAAAGAAAAAUUAAUAUUUUAAAAUAAAAAUUAAGAAAAUUAAGUAGAAUAAUUAGUUUAAACUGGAUCUAAUCAACCAUAGUUUGUGGAAGAAGAAGAGGUAUUUGUUAGUAAAGAUAAACCUAUUGAAAAUCAAGAAAAUGUUUAAUAAUAAUCAUAAAAUUAAGUAGAAUAAUUAGUUUAAACUGGAUCUAAUCAACCAUAAUUUGUGGAAGAAGAAGAGGUAUUUGUUAGUAAAGAUAAACCUGUUGAAAAUCAAGAAAAUGUUUAAUAAUAAUCAUAAAAUUAAGUAGAAUAAUUAGUUUAAACUGGAUCUAAUCAACCAUAGUUUGUGGAAGAAGAAGAGGUAUUUGUUAGUAAAGAUAAACCUGUUGAAAAUCAAGAAAAUGUUUAAUAAUAAUCAUAAAAUUAAGUAGAAUAAUUAGUUUAAACUGGAUCUAAUCAACCAUAGUUUGUGGAAGAAGAAGAGGUAUUUGUUAGUAAAGAUAAACCUGUUGAAAAUCAAGAAAAUGUUUAAUAAUAAUCAUAAAAUUAAGUAGAAUAAUUAGUUUAAACUGGAUCUAAUCAACCAUAGUUUGUGGAAGAAGAAGAGGUAUUUGUUAGUAAAGAUAAACCUGUUGAAAAUCAAGAAAAUGUUUAAUAAUAAUCAUAAAAUUAAGUAGAAUAAUUAGUUUAAACUGGAUCUAAUCAACCAUAGUUUGUGGAAGAAGAAGAGGUAUUUGUUAGUAAAGAUAAACCUGUUGAAAAUCAAGAAAAUGUUUAAUAAUAAUCAUAAAAUUAAGUAGAAUAAUUAGUUUAAACUGGAUCUAAUCAACCAUAAUUUGUGGAAGAAGAAGAGGUAUUUGUUAGUAAAGAUAAACCUAUUGAAAAUCAAGAAAAUGUUUAAUAAUAAUCAUAAAAUUAAGUAGAAUAAUUAGUUUAAACUGGAUCUAAUCAACCAUAAUUUGUGGAAGAAGAAGAGGUAUUUGUUAGUAAAGAUAAACCUAUUGAAAAUCAAGAAAAUGUUUAAUAAUAAUCAUAAAAUUAAGUAGAAUAAUUAGUUUAAACUGGAUCUAAUCAACCAUAAUUUGUGGAAGAAGAAGAGGUAUUUGUUAGUAAAGAUAAACCUAUUGAAAAUCAAGAAAAUGUUUAAUAAUAAUCAUAAAAUUAAGUAGAAUAAUUAGUUUAAACUGGAUCUAAUCAACCAUAAUUUGUGGAAGAAGAAGAGGUAUUUGUUAGUAAAGAUAAACCUAUUGAAAAUCAAGAAAAUGUUUAAUAAUAAUCAUAAAAUUAAGUAGAAUAAUUAGUUUAAACUGGAUCUAAUCAACCAUAAUUUGUGGAAGAAGAAGAGGUAUUUGUUAGUAAAGAUAAACCUAUUGAAAAUCAAGAAAAUGUUUAAUAAUAAUCAUAAAAUUAAGUAGAAUAAUUAGUUUAAACUGGAUCUAAUCAACCAUAAUUUGUGGAAGAAGAAGAGGUAUUUGUUAGUAAAGAUAAACCUAUUGAAAAUCAAGAAAAUGUUUAAUAAUAAUCAUAAAAUUAAGUAGAAUAAUUAGUUUAAACUGGAUCUAAUCAACCAUAAUUUGUGGAAGAAGAAGAGGUAUUUGUUAGUAAAGAUAAACCUAUUGAAAAUCAAGAAAAUGUUUAAUAAUAAUCAUAAAAUUAAGUAGAAUAAUUAGUUUAAACUGGAUCUAAUCAACCAUAAUUUGUGGAAGAAGAAGAGGUAUUUGUUAGUAAAGAUAAACCUAUUGAAAAUCAAGAAAAUGUUUAAUAAUAAUCAUAAAAUUAAGUAGAAUAAUUAGUUUAAACUGGAUCUAAUCAACCAUAAUUUGUGGAAGAAGAAGAAGUAUUUGUUAGUAAAGAUAAACCUGUUGAAAAUAUCUAAACAAAUAAUAUUUUAACUGAAUCUAUAACCUCCUUCCCUAUUUAAUCAAGUUUAUAAUAAUAAUAGUAAGAUAUUGAUAAUGAAGUAGAAAUCAUAUAGAAAGGAGAAUUGAAUCAAGCUUAAAAUGAUAGUACUGAAUUCAUACCUGCCCAAUAAUCAUCUAAUCUAUAAUAAAAACAAGAUUUUAAUUAAAAACUUCUUUCACGAUUAGAUGCUCCUAGUCCAAUCGAUAGAGAAUAAAAGGUUACAUCCAUGUCUAAUAUUAUGCAAAAUGAAUUUUCUUAAGAUAUGAAAGAGGAUUCUUCUUUUCUAGCUGAGAUGGAUUAAAAAUAAAGAGUUUUGCCUGGAUAUUUAGACUUAACUUUUAAUAGUAGAAAGAAGUUAAUUAAUAAAAAUAUACCAGUUAUUUACAGAACAGAACCUGGAAAUGAAAACAUUUUAGAAUUAGAAACAAUGAGCUUAAUUUUGGAUGGAUGCAAAGAAAUAAUUGCUGAUGAAUAUGUAAAUUACUUAGAAAAUGUAAGAAAAAUUAGAAGAAAUGCAUUAAACUAAAAAAGAUUUACUGACUAUAUUAAAUUUGUUAUUUAGAUGGCUGAAGAAUAGUUUAGGAUAAUAUAAGAAGGCUUUAACUGUAUUGCAUAGAGUUUGAAUAUUAAUGAAGAAGCAUUUUAAAAUUCUUUUCUAUUUUACUCGUAACAUGAAGAAUUUGGAAAAGAAUUUGUUGAAUAAUUAACAUUUGUAUAAUAAAAUAUGAAAGACAUUCCUCAAAUCAAAGUGUCUUUAAGGAAACAAUAAGGAAUCGAACUUAUGAAAUAUUAAAUUGAUGUAAUAGAAUACUAUACAAAACACGAAUAUUUUGGUUAAAUUUUAGAUCUUUUUAAUGUAAUAGUUUAUAAAUAAUUAUUAGGAAAUGGAAGACGUUUAAGACGCUAAACCUGUUCUAUUAAAUACAUUGAUUGAUGAUAUAAUUUAUGAAAAAUAUGGAUAUGAGGAAGAGGAUAAAAUAAAUUUUAUGAGUAAAAUUUUUAAUUAUUAUGUAGAAAAAUAUCACAAUGAAAAAGAAGUUAAGAAUCUGCAAGCUAAAUUAGAAAAUUUAGUUGAAAAUUUAUUCAAUAUUUAAUUGGAAUGACUAUUAUAAAUAUACAAUAAAUGAG